CGCUGGUGAGCAGGCGGGCGUGGGGGAGGGGAGCGCGAACGGGGCGGCCUGGGGAGGGGUCCCGCGUGACCCCAAACCGCGGGUGUGAAGGGCGACGGCCUGGCCGUAGGGUCGGGGCUCCCGGAUUCUGCGUGCAGGUGUCGGGUCUCCCCCAGGCUGCGCAGCAUGAAGCUCCUGUGCGUCGUGGCCGCGCUCGGCUGUCUGCUGGCGCCCCCCGCCCGGGCCAACAAGAGCUCCGAGGACAUCCGGUGCAAAUGCAUCUGCCCCCCGUACAGAAACAUCAGUGGGCACAUCUACAAGCAGAACGUGUCGCAGAAGGACUGCAACUGCCUGCACGUGGUGGAGCCCAUGCCGGUGCCCGGGCACGACGUGGAGGCCUACUGCCUGCUGUGCGAGUGCCAGUACGAGGAGCGCAGCACCACCACCAUCAAGGUGAUCAUCGUCAUCUACCUGUCGGUGGUGGGCGCCCUGCUGCUGUACAUGGCCUUCCUGAUGCUGGUGGACCCGCUGAUCCGCAAGCCCGACGCCUACACCGAGCGGCUGCACGAGGAGGAGAGCGAGGACGCCCGCUCCGUGGCCGCCGCCGUGGCCUCCCUGGGGGGGCCCCGCGCCAACACGGUGCUGGAGCGCGUGGAGGGCGCGCAGCAGCGCUGGAAGCUGCAGGUGCAGGAGCAGAGGAAGACGGUGUUCGACCGGCACAAGAUGCUCAGCUAGGCGGGGCCCCUCCCGGGCCGUCCCUGUGGGAGCACCUGGGGCGUCCUCAUCGCUGCGGCCGUGUUCCCGCUGAUUUAACCCGGGAAGCGGGGCGGGUCCCGGCCUCCAGCCCGUCCACGCGGGUCUCGGGUCCAGGGGAGGGGACUCAGGCCCGUGGGGAAGGAGGGAGAGGUGUUUCGGGGGCCACGUUUCCAGCCCCCAAAGUCGGCAUGUCCUCGCCCUCUGGGGGGCGGAGCCAGGCACCGCCACUCCGUGUGGGGACGGCCAGUCCGGCAGCGUCAGCUCGCGCUCCUUCCUCCCGACCUCCCGCCCCCGACACCUCGGUGCAGGCCUGGCCGGGCCCAGGGGCUCUGACGGGACGGCCCACGUCCCUGGCCCCUUGGUGCCUGCAGAGCCCCAGGAGGCCCGUCUCCCUCUGCCCUACGACCCUCGCCCAGUAGCGGGCGGGGCUGGGCCCUUGGGGCUGCGGCCGCUCACCUGCCCCACGUGGGGGGGGGGGCACGGGACACCAGAGGCUCUGGGCACCAGCCCUGUCCUUGGCCCCCGUCCCGGGCCCCACAGUCCCAGGGCACAGGGAGGAUGGUCCCCGCUGCCCGUCAGUCAGGAAGCCGCCAUUAAACCUCUCGCUCCCUCA